CAACCGCAGGGAUCAGGAAACAAGUGCCUAUACGUUUCCUCACACAGACGUGAAAGCGCUUCCGUGAGAAAACUGUAUAACAAAUAUAAAUGCUAAAUGCGUCAUAUUAAACUCCCGUAGUCAUCAGGCACAGACAAACGCACUGGAAACACAUUUUGGGUCCCUGGCUUUAACCCCGCCCAUCGCUUCAUAACGAGGAGUGUUGCCAUGGUGGAUGUUAGUAAGUGGCCUCUCUUCACCCUGUUAAACACGCAGGAGAUCACCUCCAUACGUAAGGCAUGCAUCUUUGGAACAUCUGCAAAUGAGGCCAUUUUCAUCACCCAUGAUGAUGAAGUGUAUGUUUUGGGUAUGAACUGCAGUAAUUGUCUUGGCACUGGAGACAGUCAAAGCACUAUUGUCCCUAAAAAGCUAGACGGUCUGAACGGGAAAAAGGUGGUCAGUCUGAGCUAUGGCAGCGGACCACACGUUCUGCUAGUGACCGAAGAGGGCGAGCUGUAUGCAUGGGGGCAUAAUGGAUACAGUCAACUGGGCAAUGGAACGACCAAUCAAGGUGUUUCCCCUGCCCUGGUGUCUACUAACCUGCAGAACAAGAGGGUGACUGAGAUUGCCUGUGGAUCUCAUCACUCUUUAGUUCUGACCCAUGAGGGUGAGGUGUUUGCAUGGGGCUACAACAAUUGCGGUCAGGUGGGUUCAGGGUCCACCGCCAACCAGCCAACGCCCCGCAAGGUGACCAACUGUCUCCAGAACAAAGUGAUGGUCAGUAUAGCCUGCGGACAGACCUCCUCUAUGGCUGUGGCGGAUAAUGGUGAGGUUUACGGGUGGGGUUACAAUGGAAACGGCCAGCUGGGGUUGGGCAACAAUGGGAACCAGCUGACACCAUGUCGCUUAGCUGCACUGCAAGGCCACUGUGUACUGCAGAUUGCCUCAGGUUACGCUCAUUCUUUAGCACUGACAGAUGAAGGCCUGUUGUUCGCAUGGGGGGCCAACACGUACGGUCAACUGGGCACUGGCAACAAGAGCAAUCAGCUCAGCCCCGUCCAAGUCAUGACUGAGAAAGAAAGGAUCGUAGAGAUAGCCGCCUGCCAUUCAACGCACACCUCUGCGGCGAAGACCCAGAGCGGUCAGGUGUACAUGUGGGGCCAGUGCCGCGGACAGCCAAUCGUACUGCCACACCUCACGCACUUCACCAGCACGGAUGACGUGUUCGCCUGCUUCGCCACACCCUCUGUGAUGUGGCGGCUGCUCACCAUGGAGCAUGAUGACUUCCUUACUGUGGCCCAGUCCCUUAAAAAAGAAUUUGACAAUCCAGAGACGGCUGACCUCAAAUUCAGCAUCGACGGGAAGUACAUCCACGUCCAUAAAGCUGUCCUGAAAAUCAGGUGUGAGCACUUCAGAUCAAUGUUCCAGUCUCAUUGGAAUGAAGAUGUGAAAGAAGUGAUUGAAAUCGACCAGUUCUCUUACCCGGUGUACCGUUCUUUUCUGGAGUUUCUUUACACAGACAGUGUGGAUCUUCCUCCGGAGGAUGCCAUCGGAUUGCUGGACCUGGCAACCUCGUAUUGUGAAAACCGUUUGAAAAAGUUAUGUCAGCAUAUCAUCAAGAGAGGCAUCACGGUGGAGAACGCUUUCUCCCUGCUGUCUGCCGCCAUCAGAUAUGACGCUGAGGAUCUAGAGGAGUUCUGUUUUAAAUUCUGUGUCAACCACUUGACCGAGGUCACGCAGACAGCUGCCUUCUGGCAAGUCGAUGGCAACAUGCUGAAGGAGUUUAUCUGCCGAGCCAGCCGCUGUGGAGCCUUCAAAAACUGACACCCACCAUGAAUCCUUCCGUUACCCAUCUUGACAGACAGAGGGCGCUGUUACAAAAUAUUUACUGUUAAGUUCUCACCAUAGGCUUUAAAGACAGACGGGUCAAUGUUUGUGUUAAUCUCAGUACAGUGGAGGAAAGUGCACAGCUUUGUGACCCGCAGACCGAUUGGCCUUACAAGGUUUAGUAGAGUUAGGGUUAAGACCACGUCUUUCUGUCAGGCACAAUACAGGGCACCUUCCUGCAGUGGGGUUCCAUUCUAAUAUGCUACCAUUUUCUGAAAAAGAUUUUCUCUUAGUAGAGAUAGAAACAGAAUGUUCCUGUUAAAGUUCAAAUGGUUCGCUAAAGGCGACGUUGCCUGAAAACUUUCAAGUGCUGCUGAUGGUUGUAGUGUUUGUGUAAUACACUACAAGGAUGGAGGGAGAUUAUAACUUGUAUUACUAAGACAUGCACUACUGAAACCCAUACAAUUUAUUUUGUCUUUUAUAUUAAUUCAGGGGUGUUGUAAGUCAUUAAAUGUUUAUUUUUCUUGAUAUGGUGCAGUGCAUCGAAUAUAGUGUUUUCUUUAUAUUUAAUAUGCUGAUGUUAUGUUAAUGAAUAAUAGAUAAAUAAGUUUACUUGCUUAACGUUGUUCUGGGCAUUUUAGGUUUUAACCUUUGGACUGUUUGCUAUUGCUUGGUUUAGGAACACAGCUGACUUAGCUUUGGAGUAUUAAAACAGCGUGUAGAACAGAUAUUUACAAAUUAUUGCACACGAGCAGUCUAAUGUUUAAAGUUUUCUAACAUAAAAGAGUAUUAUUUUUCGUUGCACUAAUAAAGCUGUAAUCGUUUUCAAGGGGUUGUUCAUAUAGGAUCACCAUGGCAACAUUUUGAUAGGUGUGAAAUGUUAGAUCCCAUCAUAUAAAUGCCUGUAGUUUGCUUUUCUGUUACAUAUUAACCAGCUAUAUUUUUUUGUCAUGUACAUAUUGUACAGUUUUUGCAUUAGUUUUGUAAGACAACCCGCACACAGCGUGUGCCACAGUUUCUCUUGUAUGUUACAAUAAGCAUGUUUGCUUAAAGGUAAAUAAAACUUUUCUCAUA